AUGUUUGUGAAACAAACUCUGCCGAAUCUUGGAAAUACAAACUUGGCUCCAAGCACUUACACUCAGUCGCCCUUCCCAAAAGCAGCAGACGAAAAUGGUGAAGGGUCGCCAUGGAGAGCGCGUCAAGUUGUAUGUCUGAGGCACGAUCCUGGGGUACAAGAGGUCGAAGUCGAGCCAGUACCCGAACACGUCCUUAAUCCAGAUCAAGGAAGUGAACAGCAAGGAGGAGGAUAUGUACCUUCAUCGGAUCAUGUUGUUGCAAACACUGAAAUCGAGUUUAAAACUGAAAGUUUUCAAGAGGACUCGUGCUGGCAUUCGAGGUGGUUAGGUACUGACAAAGGAUUGAUUCCUGAGGAUGGAAUUGAUGGAGAAGAGGAUAUCAAAGAAGAUGAGGAUAUUGAAAGCCAGCCCAAGGUCUUGUAA